UUGUCUCCCACUACGUUGUAACGGAGUAUAUGAUGUCAUCUACUCUCGUUGAGACAGUGUCCAUUAAUUACGAUGAUUUCAAUGACAGCUUCCUGACAUGUGGGACAUGUCUGUGUGUAUAUGACCACCUCGAGUGCUCCCCCAAACUCCUCCCGUGCUCCCACACUGUGUGUAAAAGCUGUCUGCAGCGUAUUGUUGAGGCACAACUCACAGACACAGGCUAUUUCCGAUGUCCGAUUUGUCGUGAGCACAUUGGAAUUCCAAGAGGAGGAGUUACAUCGUUUCCUCCGAGUUUCAUCGUCAACCAACUCUUGGACCUUAUGUCACAACAAAGGCGGGACGUUAUACCGAAAUGCUCCUCCCAUCCACAGCAAGAACUUUUGUUUUGUGAAACCUGUGAUUCUGUGUUUUGCACUCAGUGCACUGGCGGGGAGCAUAAUGGGAGGGGAGCAAGUGAGCAUACUGUGAUACCGUUCUCAAUCGCAAUCAAAAGAAUGUCAGAAAUUUUGCUGUAUAAGGCUCACUUAUGUAUCAAAAACUUAAACCAUGCUUAUGACAAUGUGUCCUCAGAAGUUCAAAAUUUGGAGUCAUCUGUAGAAAAAACUGUAGAAUUUAUCAACCGUUCCUUCCAAGAUCUCAUCGCUUCUGUUGAUAAACGACGUCAUGAAUGCUUACAAAAGGUUCGUAAAAUUCGGGAGGAUAAACGAAAGAUUCUCCGAGAACAACUAGAUUUGAUCCAGACUGAAAAGGAGAAAGUCCAAGCUGAAUGUGAUGGGCUUCAAUACCAAGUGGAGGUUAGAAACAUAACUAAAAAGAUCGGUGACUUGAAUGAGAAGUUAGAUACUACUACGUCACUUUCAGAACCAAGGGAAAACUCUUUCAUCAAAUAUGAGUGUAAACACAACAAUGCACAUAAAGACAUUUCAAAGGCUCUGACAGAAUUCGGUAGAAUCAAAGUAAGCACAACAUUUCCAUCCCUCUGUACAGGAAAAAUCGGAGAAGCAAUCACGCACUUAAAAUCUUCAGUCAAGGUCACAACAGUCGAUUACCAUGGCAACCCACGAACCAGUGGCGCUGAUCCAGUGACAGCAGAAGUGCGUACAGAUCGGGGUGAACUUGUCGAGUCAAAAAUCAGAGAUCAUGAGAAUGGAACCUAUGAAGUGCAAUAUGUGCCACCGAAAGCUGGCAAGAUCAAGGUUUUUGUCAGUAUCUUUAAUCGUCCAAUCAAAGGAAGCCCAUUUGUGAUAGAUGUUACUGAUCAUAAAGAUCCUGUGUGGAAAUUCGGAUCCCGAGGAUCUGGUGAGGAAAAAUUUGUUCAACCAGUCCGAGUUGUCACAGAAAAGGCUGGAAAUAUUUAUGUUCUUGACACGGGUAACAGUCGCAUCAAGGUCAUUAAUCCUAAAGGUGACUUUGUGGGACAUAUAGGUCCUAUAGGACUGGAAAAUCAGAGUGGAACUGGGCUGUCUUUGACACCAGAUGGUAAUCUGGCUGUGGUCAACUGGAGGACAAAGUACAUCACAGUGGUAACGAAAGAUGGGGAACUGGUCAAGAAGUUUAGUAACCCUGAUUUUACGGAACCAAUAGACAUUGCAGUCAACAGCAAAGGAGAGUUCAUUGUGGCCGACAACGGUGCCAAUAAAGUAUUCAUAUUUGACAGCAAUGGAAAACUCAACACCACGUUCGGAGGAAAAGGAGAUAAGGAAGGACAGUUCAAACUUAUGUGUGCAGUUGCUGUUGGCAAAUGUGAUGAAAUUCUAGUCGCUGACCAUAGAGUACAAGUGUUCAGCAAGGAUGGAAAGUUCUCUAGAGUCAUUCCUGAUCAAAGCAAAGGCCAGUUUGGUGGACUCAGUGUAGACGCAGGUGGCUUCAUUCUUGCUACAAAAACAGAAAAGGGGAAAAGCUUCAUCCAGGUUCUCAACUCCAGUGGAAAGUUGCAGUUUUGUAUUGAUAGUUUCCAUGACAAACUUCGACGACCAAGCGGCCUGGCUACGACCUCAGACCAUCAUGUCUUUGUUGUUGACCUCGGCAAUGACUGUCUGAAGAAGUACAGGUACAAGUAAUGCAGGUUGCAAUAAUAGUGAACCUAGUCAUGUCAUAUCCAGCCAAUUAACGGUUACCCCCGAAACUAAAAUGGACUGUUCUGUCUGACGUUUCCAUGGAAAUUAUCAAAAUGUAGUGUUAAUUCUUACUAAAAAUGGAUCAACUUCAAAAAAGGAGGACCUGUUGUGAUAAUUUAGUGUUUCCAUGGCAAUCCAGCAAGGACUAGCAGCUAUGAUUCUUGAUUUAAAUAUCACCAAUUUAUUUCACCACACUGAAACCAGACUAUUUACCAAAUAUGUGUGUUACAAUUUACAUAUAUAUCUCCUUUAGGAGCCAAAUUUUUAAUCUAGCUUACCACUGGUAACCAGACUGUGCACAUGGUUCUAAGAACUAAGACCGCAAAAGGAUAUUGAAAUCCAUCAUUCCAGAAUUCAAAGGAUCUGCUUUCAUAUCUUCACUGAAUGACCUGCAAUGUUUUAUAUACAAAUGUAUUCCAGGUGCAGUUCCAUCUGUCUUAGUGAGAAAAGCAGAAAACACUUCAAUCAUGGGAAUCAAAAAUGUCUGAAAAAAAUAACAACAACAGCAACAACAACCCCAAAAAAAGAUGACUCUUUUAUAAGUGUACCAAGAAAACAAGGUUACUUCUAAAAAAAAAAAUAAGAUUUUUCAAUUUAUGAUCGAAUUUUGAUAUUUCAGUUUGCUUUUAAAUUCCUCUUGAAAAUACAUGUUUUGUUUACUGUAUAAACAACUGUUAUUUACAGGUAUUACUUUGAGCCCAUUCCAUAUAAAGCAUCAGGAAAUUGAAAUAUUCAUUUGACCUUCAUGUACUGUUGAAAAAUCAUUUAACCUACUCUGUAUCAACACUAAUCCAUAAAAGGUCAUGUUUUGCAUUGCUUGCCACCAGAUUUCAAUUUAUAUACAUGUAUACACUUUUUUUUUUUUUUUUUUUACAUUUUUCAGAAAAAAAAUUCACCAGUAAUAGAUAACAAAUAACAGGUGUCUAGGCUUAAACAUGUCUCAUAUAGUAUAGAAAAUCUCACAUUACAACCAUUUUGAAACCACAUACACGUACAGGCUAGUAGACUAGACAACAUCUCAGACCAGGUUUUAAACAACGCGUAGCUGAAUCAACUUUCACAGGAUAAUACUUUUUUCCCUCUAAUGCGAUAUGAUCACCGAUUUGAUCUGUUUUCACUGUGAUUUUAUCACCUUCUCAACAUACUGACUUUCCACCUUAGUGUUUAUAAAAUUAUACUUCAGCCAAAAUAGUCCUUUGAACUUACUACCGUCUCGUACACAUGUACCUCUAUGCUAAUAUACAUCAUAUUGGUCAUAUUGUCUCAUGAAGGUAACGAUAACUUAGUUAUUGAAACAUCAUACAUAAUUUCCUAACUAGUUGUCAUAUAAGAAUGUCCAUUCAAUUUGUCACCAACAAGGCACUGAUAUCCCUGACCAAUGAGCUUCCGACUUAGCUGGCUUAACACAUUUUUCAAAUAGAAAUUUUUCCUUGGGGAAAAAAUUGCAAAUUAAAAUAACAAUUCAAGAUAAUACAUCUCAUAAUAUGACAACCAAAAAUUCAUAAAACUUUUGAAAUAUUUCAUGAUGUAAAGCAUUUUGCUGAGAAUAAAGAUUUUUUCAAUA